AUGAGGUUGUUACAUUUCCUGCAGACCCGAUCCGGGUUUAAAGUCGACAAUAGAAAGACAACCUCGGCGGCAACCCUUACCUUACGCCAAAGCCUAUGGCCCUUGUGUCUCGUCACUAUUCUCUUCUUCUUAUGGGGCUUCGCCUACGGACUGCUGGAUACGCUCAACAAACACUUCCAGAACACUCUAAACAUCACACGGACGCGUUCUUCUGGUCUCCAGGCUGCAUAUUUUGGAGCAUAUCCGUUGGCAUCCCUGGGGUAUGCGAAUUAUAUGCUGCGGCAUUUCGGAUACAAGUCUGUGUUCAUUCUCGGAUUGGUACUCUACGGCAUUGGCGCCCUCUGCAUGUGGCCCGCGGCCCUCAAUCGGUCAUUCGGAGGUUUCUGCGCUGCGACUCUCGUUAUUGGGUCAGGACUAGGAUCUCUCGAGACAGCAGCCAACCCAUAUCUUGCCGUCUGUGGCCCACCAAAAUAUGCCGAAGUUCGAAUCAAUCUUGCACAAGCGUUCAAUGGAAUCGGAACUUGCGUCGCCCCGGCUUUGGCGUCGUAUGUGUUCUUCACCGACACCGGUGACGAUGUAGAUGCCCUAAAAAGUGUACAAUGGGUAUAUCUUGCCAUUGGAAUCUUCGUGUUUCUUCUUGCUGCAGUUUUCUUCGUUUCAAAUAUCCCUGAAGUCACGGAUGAGGAUAUGGCCUUCCAGGUUGCCGCUACCCAUGUCGACGAGCAAGAGAAGCCUUUCUGGAAACAAUACAAAUUGUUCCAUGCUACUUUAGCUCAAUUUACAUAUACUGGUGCUCAAGUGGCUAUCGCCGGAUACUUUAUCAACUACGUAACCGAGACAUGGCCCGGCACCAAUAGUGCUACCGGUUCCAAGUACUUGGCCGGUGCCCAAGGAGGCUUUGCCGUUGGUCGUUUCAUAGGCGCCUUUUUCAUGAAAUUUGUAAAGGCACGUUGGGUAUUCCUGAUCUAUCUCUCCUGUACCGUGGCAUUCAUAGCAGCGUCCACAACACAAGGAUAUCAGGCUGGCUUAGCAAUGCUCUUCCUCACUCUGUUCUUUGAAUCUGUCUGCUUCCCCACCAUCGUCGCCCUGGGUAUCCGUGGUCUGGGUCGGCAUUAUAAGCGCGGUUCCGGCUUCAUCGUCGCCGGUGUUAGUGGUGGUGCCGUCGUACCCCCGAUCCUAGGCCAUGUAGCCGAUAUGCGGGAUAACACUGGCUUUGCCAUGAUUGUGCCGACAAUGUUCAUGGUCGUUGCGUGGACGUACGCCGUGGCGGUGAACUUUGUCCCUGGGUACCGUGACACGGUCGACAAGGUUGGAGAGAGUGAGAUUGGACUUCGCGCGGAUGAUGAUACUUCUAAGGAUAAGGAUGUUGAGGUAGGUGUGAAUGAGAAUUCGAGAAAGGUUGAUAUUGUAGGGUGA